CGUACAUACUUGCUGCUGCAGUCUUCCUUUGUCAGCACGGCAGCGGCGCAGAUUCGAGGCUUUAAUUGGAAAAGGCUUAUCUUUGGCUCAACAGAAGCAACCACGCACCAACCCCUGUCCAGCAACCUGGGCUGCCCUUCGUCAUCGCUAGCAGAAAAAGUUCCUCAGCUUCUGCAUUACCAACACCUGCCCUCCACGCAUCUCCACCCUUCUUCUACCCCUCCAUCCUCACCCUGUGUUGCCCAUCUUUACUCCGACACAAUUCAAUGGCACCCAGCAUGCGGCCCUUCACGACUGCCAGCUUUCUUGGGCAGCUCCAGCAGGCUGGACGCCGCUCCUUUGUGACUUCCCGCCCGUCACCCAUCGCCAGCAGAGCUCGAUGGACGCCGCGCCCGGCCUUCAGCCAAAUUGCUCUGCGCCAAUCUAUCCGGCGGGCAUCCACUGAGGCCCCGAAACCGAAGAAGAGGCGCUUCCGAAGUUUUCUGCGAUGGACAUGGCGACUCUCCUACCUGUCCGCGUUCGCGGGUUUGGGCUACAUUGGGUACGGAAUCUGGGAGAUGCGCAAUCCCGAUGACCAGCCCGAGCCCGACCCGAGCAAGAAGACGCUCGUCAUCCUGGGAACUGGCUGGGGAGCUGUCUCGCUCCUCAAGAAGCUUGAUACCGAGAACUACAACGUCAUCGUCGUCUCUCCGCGAAACUAUUUCCUAUUCACGCCGCUGCUGCCAUCAUGCACAACGGGCACUAUCGAGCACAGAUCUAUCAUGGAGCCCAUCCGUAACUUCCUAAGACACAAGAAGGCGGCCGUCAAGUUCUACGAAGCCGAGGCCACCAAGAUUGACUAUGUGAAAAAGAUCGUACACAUUAACGAUGACUCAGAGAUCAAGGGCGACAUCUCUUCUACAGAGGUGCCCUUCGACAUGUUGGUUGUCGGAGUUGGCGCAGAGAAUGCGACAUUUGGCAUUCCCGGCGUGCGUGAACACGGCCUCUUCCUGAAGGAAGUUGGGGAUGCCCAGCGCAUUCGCAAGCGCAUCAUGGACUGCUGCGAAACCGCCACGUUCAAGGACCAACCGCCAGACGAGAUUAAGCGUCUCUUGCACAUGGUUGUAGUCGGUGGUGGACCGACUGGCGUUGAAUUCGCCGGUGAAUUGCAGGAUUUCUUUAAUUCGGACUUGAAGAAGUGGAUUCCAGAUAUCACGGACAACUUCCACGUCACCCUGGUCGAGGCUCUCCCGAACGUCUUGCCCAUGUUCUCCAAACAAUUAAUCGACUACACCGAGAAGACAUUCAAAGAGGAGACUAUCAGCAUCCGGACAAAGACCAUGGUCAAGAAAGUGACCGACAAGUACAUUGAAGCCGAAUCGACUGGCCCGGAUGGCAAGAAGGUCCUCGAAAAGAUCCCUUUUGGUCUCCUCGUCUGGGCAACCGGUAAUGCUCUUCGUCCCGUCGUAAAAGACCUGAUGAUGCAGAUUCCUGCCCAAAAGGACUCCCGUCGUGGUCUCGCUGUCAACGAGUACCUCGUUGUCAGGGGCACGGAGAAUGUCUGGGCAGUCGGUGACUGCGCCGUUGCCAACUACGCCCCAACCGCACAGGUCGCAGCCCAGGAAGGGGCUUUCCUUGCACACAUGUUCAACUCAAUGGCCAAAACGACCGAGAUCGAGCAACAGCUAGCCAAACUUUCCGAGGCACAGGAGAAGGCCACCGCCAAGGACUCACGUGAUCAGAUAUUUAGUGAGAUCAAGGAUCUGCAGAAGCGCCUGCGGAGAGUCAAGAGCAUCGGUCCAUUCGAGUACUCCCACCAAGGCUCGCUUGCAUACAUUGGAUCUGAGAAGGCUGUAGCUGAUAUCUCCUGGAUGUCCGGUAAUUUUGCGACGGGCGGCACGGUAACCUACUUCUUCUGGCGGAGCGCGUAUCUGAGUAUGUGCUUCAGCACUCGCAACAGGAUCCUCGUGCUCAUGGAUUGGGUCAAGUCGAAGAUGUUUGGUCGUGACGUCUCCCGAGAAUAGAACGUGGUAUCGAUUUACGGCCGACUGCAUAUCCUAUUCCUUUUCCGACCAGUACAUAUACCACCUCCGUCUACGUUGCUCUGCCCUGUCUGCAGUAGCUGUACUGUACUCAAGUGUACGAUUGCUUUCCAUCCAUCGAUCCUCUCUUUGUCACUAUAGUAGAUUCCACACCUGUAAUAUCCCCCUUUCCCUCUUCCUAGAUUGGAUCCGGCGGUCUUGCUUUGUGUUUGGCUUUCUCUAUGGCUUUGAUAAUGUUCUCUUGUCUACCUAACUCUAUCUAAGAGUUUGGCGUUCCGCGGGUUUUUGCGAAAGCUAUCUGGCUUGAUUUGAUUGAUAGAGAGAACUUUUGCAAAUUUUCUUGUGUAUUCAAGGCGAUAUACGAUAUGAGGUUUAGAGAGAAAUGAAUGGUAGAAAGUGAGUGCGCGUAAACGUG